AUGGUCAAUCAAGUCAGUCAACUCAAAGCUGCAGCUCAGCUGCUUGCUAUCUUUUAUGGAUUGACAAUCCUAGCUUGGAGACUACUCCGUCGAUACCUCUUUAAUCGCUCCUCCGGCAUCCCCGAGAUUGAGAACAUAGGGAAGACACGUUUUCCAGAGCAGAGAUUGGAUGGGACAGCAUUGAUAUGCGGUGGGAGCAUCGCCGGACUACUCGCAGCACGAAUUUGUUCCGAAUUUUUCGAGCAUGUCAUCAUUGUCGAGCCUGAAGAAUGGUUGACCAGUGAAGAUGGUAUGCGUAGAUUCGCUUGGGAGCAAGAGCACAAGCGCACGCGUGUCAUGCAAUACCAAUCGCUACACGGCAGCCAAGCCCUCUUGUAUGCCGGACUUCGAAAACUAUUCCCCGACCUCGCUGAACAGUGUCGAUAUUCAGGAAUAGCUAUUUAUCCAGCAGACAGGAAAAUGAAUUUUGCAGGAACGCUCAUCCCAGCUCCAGUUGAAUCGUAUCAUGGGCAUCUGCCGGAAACACUUGUUUCCAGUCGAGCGGGCCUGGAAACACUUUUGAGACGGUUGGUACUUGGCCGAGGCAUUUACCGCAACAUUGUGCAAAUAGCUGGAACGGUCACUGGACUAUCGCCACAUUCUGAUGACCCCUCUCGUAUCGGUCGAGUCAAGAUUCGGCGGACGGACUCUCAGAUCGAAGAGCUUGAUGCCAACUUGGUGAUUGAUUGUACCGGAGUAACACGAGCAGGAGUCAAAUGGCUGUCUCAAGCAGGCUACGGCAGCACUGAUGUCAACAUCGACGGUAAACUAGACCUUAAAGACGCAAAGAUAUCGUUCGACCAGAAAUUACAAUAUUCCAGUCUUAUAUGCGACGUCACCCCCGAUACUUUGAAAAAGUUACCGAUUCCCAAUGAUCAAACAACCGAGACCAUGUUCUUUGGGUUCUGGGAAGACGAUCCUAACAAUGGUCGCCGAUUUUUCGUCAUGACCAAGGUAGACGGUGACCGAAUUGUGAUCUUUGUCGGCCAAUCAAGCGACGAUCCUGUAAAAUACGAGUCUCUCAACGCCAUGCGAUCAUUGAUACAGGAUCUCAAGACUCACAAGAAUCCGAUCCCGGGAUGGGUAAUUGAGACCAUUGAUAUCAUCGAGGCAUCUCAACCGGAGGUUCAUUCUUCCCAGCUUCGCAUACCCCCCACAGCUUAUAUCCGAUAUCAUCAAACGGUGAACCUACCAAGUAAUUUUGUAGCCCUUGGAGAUAGUGUGUCAUCUGUGGAUCCUUUAUACGGCCAAGGAUGUACCAAAGCUUUAUUGGGUGCGGUUGCGCUUCACAAAGUACUCUCUGCCAAAACACAAGUGGACACCAAAGAACUACCUGCGGACUUUUCAGAACAGUUCUUCAAGGAGCACUCCAAAAAGACAGACAAUUUCUGGCAGCUCACUCAUCUAUUGGAUUAUGGUAUUCCUAGUACUACACCAUUGCCAGGAGAGGACCUUAAAGUGGGCCGUUUGUUGCGUUGGUAUUUGAGAAGAGUUCAGAUUCUUGCCACAAAGGAUGCACAAGCUGGACGGGCCUACUGGGAUGGAGUCAUGGGGUUUGGCACAUCUGUUGAUAUUUUCCAUCCAUUCAUUGUGCUGAAGACUCUUUUCAAUACCUUGAUUGGAGGAGAAUAA